UUUGAUCCAAAGGAUGUCAGCCUUGAGUAUAUGCUUGGUACAAUGCCUGGAUACUCAUGGGAAAUUAAAGACAAGUAUCCUUAACGACCAAGUUUUUAUAGAGAAAAAAGUAAAUAAAGUUUAUAUGAUGCAAACUGUUGCACUUUCUUCAAGUGUUAAGGAAAAUAUUUUUCAAGAAGUCUACCACCUUUGCCCAACAUACAGUACAAUGCAGUACUUUCUAUGGUUCUUCGAAACACUGUCUUGAUGAACAGAUAGAGAAAUGGAGUGAAACGCACUUGGAGGAGACAAAGCAGGUAAUGAAGGAAGAACAAGUCAAGCAGAAAGUGAGUAUGAAUUUGACCAACUGUACAAGAGUAACUGAAUUCAUUCUUGUUGGAUUGCCAAGUGUUUGGGGAAUGGAAAAUAUGAUAUUUACUUGUGUCUUUCUGCUCUACCUCCUGUGUCUGAUGGGCAACGGACUCAUCAUUGUGAUGGUGAUUUUGGACCACCAUCUCCAGAAGCCCAUGUAUUUCUUCCUUAGCAACCUGUCUUGUAUUGAUAUUGGACACACCACAGCUUUUAUUCCUAAACUGCUGGUCAACUAUCUUUCUGCAAACAAUUCCAUCUGUUUCUACUGCUGUAUCACACAAUUGUUCUUUUACUUCUUCUUUGGCGUUACAGAAUUUUUCAUCAUCACGUUGAUAUCCUUGGACAGAUACAUAGCCAUUUGCCAUCCUUUGAGAUACUCCACUAUUAUGACUUCUGGGGUUUGCUUUAAGCUAGCAAUAACAGCCUGGUUUGGAGGCUUUUUCUCCAUUCUGUAUCAGGGUUUAUUGACUGCAAGCCUACCUUACUGUGCCUCCAAUGUUAUCAAUCAUUUCUAUUGUGAUGAAGGACCUUUGUUGAAGAUUUCUGGAGGAGAUACACACGUGAUCGAAGCCCUGGGCUUCCUACUGACGGUGGUUGUGAUUAUGUCCUCUUUGCUUUUCACCCUCAUUUCUUACCUCUUCAUCAUUUGCACCAUUCUCCGAAUGCCUUCAACUACCAGACAGCAGAGGGCUUUUUCUACCUGUGCUUCCCACCUGGUUGUGGUCUGCAUUUUGUACGGGUCAGUCUUUUUUGUCUAUUUAAGGCCUAAUGUCAAGAACUCUUCUUUUAGUAGGAUGAAGUCUGUCUCCAUACUGUACACUAUGGUUGCCCCAGCACUAAAUCCUUUCAUUUACACUAUUAGGAACAAUGAAGUCAAGGAUGCAGUAAGGAAACUUUUGGAAAGAAAGACUGCAGGGGUCCCAAAUCUCAUGGCGUAAGCUUUUGUCAAGAAGUGAUGUGAAAUGACUGUGCUGUCCUAUUGAAAGCAACAAGGUCUGGCACUUCAGAAUCGUCUCCAAAGCUAUUGUGCAGAUAUUCUGUAACUAAUCUACCUUCAUAAAGAUGGAGAAAGCAGUGCAAUUUUGAUCCCAUGACAAAAGGAUUGUUGGGAGGCUUCUGUGGUCUUGUACUGCCUAGUCAAGUUUAAGAACUUGUGGACCUCAACUCCCAGAAUUCCUCAGCCAGCAUGAGGUUGAUGGGAGUUGAAGUCCACAACUCUUAAAGUUGCCAAGGUUGGAGAUUUCCUGCUAUAAGGUAUGACACUAAUAACCUAUCUGGAAUCGUAGCUUUUGAAUAUAGUUCAUUCUUGAUGAUAGAAAUACCUCUUUCUUAUCCCACUAGAUCAGUGGUUCUCAACCUUUCUAAUGCUGUGACUCCAUAAUACAGUUCCCCAUGUUGUGGUGACCCCCAAGUGGGUGUGGCCACCAAUAAGAGGGAGUAGGACAGCUAGGGAAAAGGGGAAAAAAUGGCAGACAGCGUGGUUUGGCCACCCCCGUGAAAUGGUCAUUCAACCCCAAAUGGGGUCCCAACCCAUAGGUUGAGAACCACUGCACUAGAUGGACUAUAAUAUUCACUGAGUAUCUUAUAGUACUUUGGGGAAGGGUGGCAUCGUGACUGUUUUGAAGAAGAAAUGACAGCCUAUUCUUUUCCAAUUAUAUUAGAUUGAAAGAUGUUUUCCAGACUCAUAAGAAGAAACCUUAAUAUAAAAGAGUAAGAUUUCUUUAACUGAAAACGUGCAAGAAAUGAGCUGAGUUAGCAAUAUAUUUUAGAUAUUCAUUAAGAUUUCAACACCAAAAGAAUAGUAUGAAAAGGGACUUAUGAAUAUAAGCUGUAUAAUGGUCUUCGUCAUGCAUCGUAGCAGAGAAGCAUGAUCUUUUCUUUUUAUGAGAAGGUUCCAGAAAGAAAUUGACCUUUUUUGGGUAAAACUGGGUGGAUUAUUUUAGCAAAUACCAGAGGAUCAAUCACAUUUCUCAAUGGAAGUGGAGGGACAGGGCUGUAUAGCUCCGUUACAAAGCUUCUGUCUGUACCUUUCUUUGUUCAUAAAUACUCAGAUCUGAUGGUGGCUUUUUCCUGUUCUCAUCUUUAGCUUCCUCAACUUGGUGUCCUCUCAACAAGUUAAAAAAAAAAUUCCUCUUUUCAUGUGAGCAAAUUCUUCUUUGCUGAAAAUCAGACGUUUAUGGUGAUGGAGAUUUUUCCACCUAUUUUGGUUUACCUUAUUCCCUCCUUUGGUGUAUAUUUCAAACCCCCUUUUCUAGAUUAUAGAAUCGUUUUUCAAAUUAUGAAUUACAGCUUUCCCCAAUUGUAAUCUCUGGGCAUUUGCCUAACCUAUCAUUUCAUUGAAAAAAAAAUCUAAAUCAAUGCAUAUUUAUAUUGUACAUUUACAUAAUAGAUAUAUAUUUUUUAUAAAAUUCCUGUUGAAUAUUCCUUGCUUUGAAUAUGGGUAAUGAGAGAGAUAAAGGCUAAAUUGGUUUCUUCCCCACUUCUAGAUUAUCAGUGAUAAAGAUUGUGCAAUAGGUGAUUUUAGAGCAGUUGGCUCAUUGUCAUAAUGCAUUGACUUUAUAUCAUUAUGUGUUUUCAAUAAAAUCUGUUUUCUAAGCCUUUUUAAA